AUGUGCCACUCCCAAGCGGUGUUUCUAUGGCAGUUAUACGAAGAUUAUGCGAGCGACGAAGACAAGAAAUAUUACUUAGAAAACAAAGAGGAAGUCUCCAAGUUGAUUAUAAGUCAAUACACUCGAAUUCAUCCAGAGCAAAUUUCUUCCCUCCAAUACUAUUCAAAGACAUUCUGUCCAGCACACUACAUUUGUGUCGAUCACACCAUCGGCGCUAUUGUUAUUUCAUGUAGAGGGACAUCAACAAUCACUGAUUGUAUAGCAGACUGCACGUUCUGCUAUGAGUCGUUAUGUGUAAGAGGGGUAUAUGGGUUAGUCCAUAAGGGGAUAUAUCAAACAGCAUCAACCAUAUACGUAAAGAUCCUUCCGACCCUUCAUACACUCACUUUGGAAUAUCCAGACUAUAAAAUCUUGUGCACGGGUCACUCUCUGGGCGGCGCUGUUGCACAAGUCCUCACUAUAUUAUUAAGAGCAAAACACCAAGAAUUUGACACAAAUUGUAUAGUCUUUGGAGCAGUUCCGUCGGUGUCCGAAAACAUUGCAAAUAUGGAGGAGUUCCAGAGUAGUGUUGUUUCAAUUAUCAAUGGAAGUGACAUGAUCCCAAGAUGUUCUUUAAAGUCUAUUUCAGACAUACUCGAACGGAUUGAGACCGUUUCAUCGAAAGUUGGGAGUGAUUUGUGGUAUGACUUAGAAGAUUCUUUAGGUCAAAAUUUUCAACAGAUAGUCAAAGAGCACAUCCGCGAUAAGAAAGUCGAAUGGAACGAUGUCAAAGAAACACACAACGUGGGCCAACCCUUGUUACCUUUGGGUAAGUGUGUGAAUAUACUCGGGGAAGAGUGGAGAGUCUGUCAAAAUAAGGAAUUCGCGAAGAUCGAGGCGAAACUGAGUUCACUAAGUGACCACGCCUGCGACGGGUAUGAAGGCCAAGUCCUUAAAAAGAUGAAGAACGUCGCCAACAGGAUUUACAAAGUCGACAGGAAGGCAGAGUUUGUCAAUCUUCAUAAUAAAUUCGAUUUGUAUUAUUUGAGUCAUUUAACUCCUAUUUGA